AUGUCAGGACAAGUUCCCGCUUGGAAGAGAUUGGGCUUGAAGCUCAAGCAGCCAUCUGAUGCGUCUGAGCCCAGCUUUGGGCACCCAACCAGCAGCACCAGCACAAGCACCCAGUCAACCACAAAGAGAAAAUUCGACGCCCCGCCGCCUUACAAUUCCUCUCAGGUUGCCAAGCGACCACGUCAGGAUGAAACCACAGCAAAUUGGAAUGCCCAGGCACAGUUGAAGAGACAAAAAUCGGUUACCUUUGCUGAAACAUCAUCCAACAACAACGGCAACGGCAACUUUCCCAGGACGCCAUCAAAGCCCGCUAAACAGAGCAAGGCCAAGAGCAAGGGCCCCGCAAAGAAGCCCAAGCCUCAGCUGCCCGUGGACCUCAAGCCUGCACUCGAGUACCUGAGCCUCUGGAAGACUGCCCGUGACAGUUGGAAGUUCAACAAGAACCACCAGUCAAACCUCAUCAAGCACGUUUUCGAUGCCGAUGGAAUCCCCGCCUCUGACGUUGAAACCUUCUACGACUACAUCCAAGACUUGAAGGGCUUUGUCAGAAUGCGACUGCUGGAGACUGCCCGCGAGGUCAGGGAUCAGGACCAAUCAGAUGGAGCAAAGGCAUUCCCUGAAGGUACCAAGAACCUUGAGGCUACCCAGCAGCGCUAUGAAGAAAUUCUCACCAAGCUCCUGCAAAGCCAGCCGGUCGGAUCUAAGAGAAAGGGCUUCGCUGAGGUGGACUACCUCUCAGAUUCUGAUGAGGACGAGAUCAUUAUUCGACGACUUGUGAAGCGCAUGAGAGCUGAACUUGUCAUUGAUGAGCUUUCCGAUAGUGAUGAUACUGAGAUGAGCACCACAUCAUCUCAGACAAUCGCCGCAAGUGAUAGCAAUGUUACAACCACCACUCCUGCUGAGAAGAGCGCCAAGCCUACUGACGGUAUGCCCGCAAAGCGUCGACGAAAGCUUCGCGUGAACGUCGAAGACAGCGACUCGAGCAGUUCCGAGUCUGACUCAGAUGAUGAUGCGGAUGACGAUGAUGACACCAGCAGCAGCGGAAGCUCCUCGUCGGAGGACGAUGAGUCAGAGGCUGAAGCGCCUGCGCGGUCCUCCUACAGACAGCCUGGCGAGGAAGACUCCAGCGACUCGUCGUCUUCAAGUGACUCUGGAUCUGAUGAUAAUUCGAGCGAGGACGGCUCGGACUCUGAGUAA